AAGGGGAUCUUGUCUCUGGAGAGUCUCCAAACAAUUAAGACUGCAGAAAGAGACCGGCGUCCUGGUGGAAUUUCAACCAGUCAGGGCGAAAGGAUGUGACGGUAAACGUACAGCAGAUGGCGCCAUGGAAACCCAUCUCUCCACCCUCCCCUCCCCCAGCUCUUGUUCUCGCGAUACUUCGAAGAGCCAGGGGGCGGGCUCGGGCACGAAAGCGAGGUGGGGCGGCGCGCAGAGCACCUUGGGAAGGAGAACAGGCAGCACGAGAGGACGGAGCUGCGCCGAGGGAACAGCAAUGGUGCUGCUACACGUGCUGUUCGAACAUGCGGCGGGGUACGCGCUGUUCGCCGUCAAGGAGGUGGAGGAGAUCGGCAUGCUGCUGCCCCAGGUGGAGGAGAGUGUGCUGAAUCUGGGGAAGUUCAGCACUGUGGUGAAGCUGGCGGCUUUCUCUCCUUUCAAGUCGGCCCAGGCGGCACUGGAGAACAUCAACGCCAUCUCUGAGGGCGUGGUGCACGCUGACCUGAAGCUGCUGCUGGAGACCAGCCUACCGGCUGCUGGCAAGAAGAAGAAGGUUGUCCUGGGGGUGGCGGAUGCCAAGAUUGGGGCAGCGCUGCAGGAGGAGCUGGGGCUGUCCUGCCAGGCCGGGGGGGUUGUGGCCGAGAUCCUCAGAGGGGUCCGGCUGCACUUCCACGCCCUGGUCAAGGGUCUGACCGCCCAGUCCGCCUCCAAGGCCCAGCUGGGCCUGGGCCACAGCUACUCGCGGGCCAAGGUCAAGUUCAACGUCAACAAGGCCGACAACAUGAUCAUCCAGUCCAUCGCCCUGCUGGACCAGCUGGACAAGGACAUCAACACCUUCGCCAUGCGCGUCAGGGAGUGGUACGGGUAUCACUUUCCAGAGCUGAUCAAGAUCGUGACCGACAACUCCACGUACUGCCGCCUGGCCCGGCUCAUCGGCAACAGGAAGGAGCUGAGCGAGGAGAGCCUGGAGGCGCUGGAGGAGGUGGUGAUGGACAGCGCCAAGGCCCAGGCUAUCCUGGAGGCCUCGCGGAGUUCCAUGGGGAUGGACAUUUCCCCCAUCGACCUCAUCAACAUCGAGAGCUUCUCCAAUCGGGUCAUCUCGCUGGCCGAGUACAGGAAGGGGCUGCAGGAGUACCUUCGCUCCAAGAUGAGCCAGGUUGCCCCUAACCUGGCGGCGCUCAUCGGCGAUGUGGUGGGCGCUCGUCUGAUAUCUCACGCGGGCAGCUUGACCAACCUGGCGAAGUACCCGGCCUCCACGGUGCAGAUCCUGGGCGCGGAGAAGGCCCUGUUCAGAGCCCUGAAGACUCGGGGAAACACGCCGAAGUACGGCCUCAUAUUCCACUCCACGUUCAUCGGCCGCGCUGCAGCCAAGAACAAGGGGCGCAUCUCCCGCUACCUGGCCAACAAGUGCACCAUCGCCUCCCGCAUCGACUGCUUCUCCGAGGUUCCCACCAGCGUGUUCGGGGACAAGCUGCGUGACCAGGUGGAGGAGCGGCUGUCGUUCUACGAGACUGGAGACGCCCCACGCAAGAACCUGGAUGUCAUGAAGGAGGCCGUGAAGGAGGCGACGGAGGUGGCUGCCGAGAUCAAGCGAAAGCUGGAGAAGAAGGAGAGGAAGCGCAAGAAGAGGGAGAAGAGGAAGCUGGAGGCUCUGGCUGCUGCAGUAGAUGAGGAAGUUGAGGAGGAAACGAAGGCGAAGAAGGCCAAGACUAAUGGAGAGGAGAACGGGGAGCCCGAGACGGUGGUGAAGAAGAAGAAGCAGAAGCAGCUGGUGGAAGAGGAGCCAUCGGAGAAUGGGGCAGAGGAGGACGUGGCUCCUGCCAAGAAGAAAAAGAAGAAGAGGAAGAGUGAGGCUCUGGAGGAGGAAGAGGAGGGGCAGGAGGUGGUUGAGCCCGAGACUCCACAGACAGACAAGAAGAAGAAGAAGAAGAAAAAGAAAAAGAGCAAAGCCGAGGAGGAUGAAUGAUACCUACCAUGUGCCGUCCUCGGAGACUUGACAUUUCUUGGCUCGUAGUACUGUACAGUAUUUUUUAUAUUCAUUCUCUAGGUCUCGCUUGCUUCUAAGAUCCUUUGUUUUGAGUCGGGGCAGGAAAGACCCGGCGAGUCUGAAGCAGUCCUCAUCCACAUGCCUUAAGAAGCUGUUUUUAAGUUUGUUCCGGGGAGAAGUGGCUGGAUUCCCAGGCUUUUCUUCAGAAGCGUUCCUGGGAAGCGACUCCUGUUUUAAAUGGAGGAGCUGGGUAAAGUUGCUGAAUUACAAACUUACUUCAAAAUGUUGAUCUUGGAAUAUGAACCUGUUUGUGUCGGUCAGUUAUUAUAUUUCUGUCAGCUGGACCUUUUGUUACUGUAAGAAGGAAAAAAAAAUUUCAAACCCAUCUGCUGGCUGUUGGCUUGGUGACACUGCCUGAAAGUGUUGUCCCUCCUUCAGCUCUAAAGCGGCCCAUCCCUCCUCAGGUCUUGACUGACUGAAGUGAAUGAGGUCUGAGGUUUCCGCUGUUGGUCGCUGGGUCUGAAGGAGGCGCCAGCGGUCCUGCAGCUGUGAGUCGGACCGUCCUGGACUCGUGGGCAGUGUGCAGGGAAGUCACCUGCUCCGGGGCCUGGGAUGUGUGGAGUUAUCCGGGAUUAAAUGUUUUUUUGUUUUGCCUCCAGCCUGUGGGCCUGGUAUGAGCAGCCAGUGCCUUGAUCAGAUCUUUGCCUUGGAGCAGUGGUCUCGGAACAGUGGGACUGUGGAGAUCCUCGUCCCUCGGGUCUCCGCGGUCCCGCAUCAGCACAGAGCUCCGCUGCUCGGAUCAUGCAAAGGUGGUUAAACUUGUGGAGUUGAUUGAGCUUCGAUUAAUUAUUAACAAAUACUUUUCAAUUAAUCGUUUGACAGCUAGCAAAAGACAGUAGACUGAGCAGUUCUGUAGGCCGCCGAGUUGCAGGUAUGAUGGCUUCUGAAGAAUUGUUACCGGAGUAAAGCAGUGUGUGUAAUGGACAUGACAAGGAGUGGCAGCGGUAAUUUGAAGUACCUAAAACGCAUUGGGGCGAUUUGGGUUUUUGAGGGCACCAUGGCUCACUCUCCUCCUGUGUGUGGGGUGGCCAUACGAGCCAACUGCCCCCCCGUCCCCUGAGACCCCCGGAUGUUCCAUCUGGGUCCAGCCCGUCCCGCACCUUCUUCAGGCAGCUCCCAGAGCUCUACUGGUUCUGGUUCAGAAGUCUUUUUAACGGAAGGCUUUGCUGGUAAAGGUCUGUAUUAAACGGAAUACGAACAGUUAAUUUUCCUGCCAUUACAUAAUGAUGGGUGUUUUUUUUUUCCUGCAGCAGCAGGUUUAAAGGUGUUCGCAGUUGGUAAUGUUAUGAAGAUUAAUUGCCACCAUGAAUUGUAGAAAAUUGCCUAAUGGAGUACCGUUAAUAAUCGUUCUUCACAAAGUGUUGGAAGUGUCUUUUGUGAAUGAAUUGAAUUUUGUGCUUUUUAGCGUUUUAGAUCUCCCUCAUACUCUUCGUGCGAUUGGCCUAACAACAAAAAUUGAAAAUACUUGUUUUUCAUGUACUGCAUGCACAUGUUAAAAUUCUGGCUCGGACUUGCUUAGGUUUGUCAGCAAAGAGAUCACAUGUUGUAUGAACAGCUGAGGCAGGUGCCCAGCUGCCAGGAGUGUCUGACAUUAACAGGCGCAGGUGAGCUCAGCUCAUCUCAUCUCUUCCAGCAGCAGGAGAUUGCAGGCUGCUGGUUUCUUCUGUAUUUGGAAGUAGGACAUGUGCUAAAGUGGUACAGACAAGGGAAGAAAUGUCCACUGCCACAUGGUGUACGGUUUUUCAUAAUAAACUUUUACCACACAAA